AUGAUCGCCCAACAGAUUGCCGCCGCCCUCCCCGUUUCCGGCGACUUCCAUGGGGGCCCGCCGAGCAUCAGGCAGCUCCCCGCUGGGCCUAGCUUCUGCUCGAACCCUUGCAGGAGGGCCCGGUUGUUCCGGAGCAAAUCGCAGUACUUCUUCGGAAGUGGGUCGGAGAAGAUAUGGGCGGCGGCGAAGGGUAGGAGGAAGGAGAGCUUGGUGGUGCCUCAGGCAAACCAGGGCUUUAAUUUCAAUGGCGGCGGCGGCGGCGGCGGCGGCGGCUGGGAUAAGAACAACACCGCCAGGGUUCUCGGGAAUCUUGCUGUGGCGAUUGGGUUGACAUACCUUACUGUGACAGGGCAGCUGGGUUGGCUCCUCGAUGCCAUUGUUUCGAUUUGGGUGAGCUCCGCAACCUCUUCCUGCUUCACUUUUUUCUAGUGAAGUUGGACAUAAUUUAAUCUGUUUUGUUGCUGUUAAUAAAUAAAAUAAAAUAAAAUAAAAAUAAAAAUAUUUCGAUUAGGUAAUCUUUGUGGCGCCCGGUUUUUUUUCCGGAAAAUUCUACGUUUGUAUUGUGGGAUGAGAAGAUAUGAUGCAGUUAAUUACCUUGUUCUUGGUAAGUAGACUAAAGUCAAACCUUGUUCAAUUCAUAAACGAAUAGUAUGAAGAUAUUAUUAGACCUUAUUGUGAGUAAUCUAUGUGGCAACAAGUUCCUUCAUCAAGAGUGAAAGGGUUCUAGCAUUUCGGACUGCAUUUUUAUGAGAAUCAGGCCUUCUUUCUCUUGGUAAACAGACAGGGCAUGAACUUUAUUGAGUUUAAUUAUUUCUGCGAAGUAUCGAGCUUCUUCUUCAUCGAAAUUUAUAUUUCUUCUUGCCUCCUUCUGGCUCUGCUCCUCAUAGUUGGAUGAAAAAAGAUUUGCCCACUUGGUUAAUCCUCUGACAUUAAUUCGCUCAGCUUCUUGCAGUGCUCCUGCCGAUUUUGGGCCUCGGAGCCUUCUUCUGGUUCGCCGGGCAGGAUAUAAUUCAGGACGGUGUAAGCAUUCCGAUCUCUAUAAUCAUGAUUGAAUUAUUUUGAAUUUCCGAUAACCAUUUUUUUGUAUCCUUUUAGCUUCUCUUUGCUUAGUUAAUCGCCUUCCUAUUAUUCUUAGAUGCCCACUUCCUGAUCUUGAAAAAAAAAAAGAAAAGGGGGGGGGGGUGUAAAAAUGAGGGAAUCGAUCAGAAUUUCAGAGGCAACAUCUUCGGUCAGAAAAUAAAAACGUAAGAAAAUGGUCAACCGCCGCCUCAUGAAAGGCCACAUCAGGCGAUGGAAACUGUGAUAAAUCAGAAUUAAUUGAUCCAAUAACUACUUGUAGUAGUAUCCUUUUAACAUUGGUUCAAGUGGUACAGCUGAUAGCCUCUUUAUUUCUGUGGGUCGCUCCUAAUUUUGAUAUCUUCUCUCUUAUGGCAGUGCCCCAAUUGUGGAAACGAGUUCCAAAUUUUCAAGUAAGCCCCAGAAAUUUCCCAUGCCCUCCGGCUAUCAUGUUCAAUUCGUUUUGUAUAUAUUUAUAUGCAUCACAUAUAUUUAUUUAUUUAUUUAUUUAUUGGCCUAAUGCUGUGCAUCAUUCGUGGCUGACCUGCAGAUCUUCGUUGAAGGACGGCGUGCAGUUCUGCCCCUUCUGUGCCCAACCCAUCUCCGGUACAGCCCACCUCGGCCUCUCCAAAAUCAGAGCUCUUGAUGCCCAUUCGAAUACUUGUGUUUAUUUUCCGGCCUGUAGUUUUCACCUUUACUGAUGCUCAGAUAAAAUACUUGUUUCUCUUUCAAGGGGAAGCCCCCCCUCUGUGAUCUUGCCCAUUUGAAUCAUGAUGCGUUGACUUUCAGUUCAGGGCAAUAAGUUUGUGAUGGAAUCUGCCCGGUUCUCCUCCAACAGAUCUUCCAAAUUCAGCGAGGCCUCCCGUGGCUCCUCUCGCCGAUCAGAGAAAGGUUUCUUUUUCUUUUCCCCUCUUAGAGCGAUAUUUACUCUGGUGAACAAAGCCCAAAAAUUCAUGCCGUCUGCUCUAUUUUCCAAUGAUUCCCUCAGGGAAGGGCUCUUCUGCAGUGAUCGUCGACAUCGAGGCGGAGGUGAUGGACGCCGACUGA